GUGCAGGGCUGGGCGAUGGCUCUGCUGAGCCUGGAUUUGCUGCUUCUCUGCAGGGGAGGCAACAGGAGCUCUGUGGUGUCUGUGGGUUCCACUGAGGGCAACAGCAGAGGCCCUGAGGAUCCAGCAGGGCUCAUGGUGGUCUCAGAGGACAGCCCACGGCAGCGGCGGCGACGGAUGCUGGCUGAUCGCAGCGUGCGUUUCCCUAAUGAUGUUCUGUUCCUGGACCACAUCCGUCAGGGUGACCUGGAGCAGGUGCGGCGUUUCAUCCGGGCUCAGAAAGUCUCCCUGGCCACGAUACAUCCCUCAGGCCUGGCCGCCUUGCAUGAAGCCGUGCUGUCUGGAAACCUGGAAUGCGUGAAGCUGCUGGUCAAAUACGGAGCCGACAUUCACCAGCGAGAUGAGGCGGGCUGGACACCCCUGCACAUUGCCUGCAGCGACGGGUACCCCGACAUAGCCAGGUACCUUAUCUCCCUGGGAGCGGACAGGGACGCAGCCAACGACGAUGGCGACCUGCCCUCCGACCUCAUCGACCCGGACUUCAAGGAGCUGGUGGAGCUCUUCAAAGGGGCCACGAUGGACUGAGCCAGCUCUGCCCGCCCGCCCCCGCGCCCAGGGCCGCCUCCCUGGGGAAGCCGCGCGUCGCCCCGGGGCCAGCACGUGCCCCACCCGUGGGCCAGGGGCGGCCGGACCCGUCCCUCCACGACCCCGCCACCCCUCCUAGGCCUGGCUUUGUCUCCAGGUGAAUUUUUUACUGUGACACUUUUUACUUUUUCAAUAAACGUGACUCCCAGGUGAGGGGGCCUGGGUCUACACAGGU